AUGGGGGAGAUCGAAGGGACCUACAGAGUCCUGCAGACCCCAGGAACACGUCUAGGAGCCCAGAGCCCCUCCGGGGUGAACCCGCUGGAGCCUAGACAAGGCCUGGGGACAGCAAUGGCCCGGGCACCAGAGAAGCACGUCCAAGUCAGGGUGAAGUUGCUCGACGGCACUGUGGAGGCAUUUGACGUCCAGCCUAAAUGCCAAGGCCAGCUGUUGCUGACUCAGGUGUGGACACGGCUAAACUUGGUGGAGUCUGACUACUUCGGACUGGAGUUCCAAAACAUCCAGACAUGCUGGAUCUGGCUUGAACCGAUGAAGCCCGUCAUUAAACAAGUACGAAGGCCAAAGAAUGCAUUGUUUCGUCUAGCUGUGAAGUUUUUCCCACCUGACCCGGGUCAGCUACAAGAAGAAUACACAAGGUACCUGUUUGCCCUGCAACUCAAGAGGGAUUUGCUGGAGGGGCGGCUGACCUGCAGCGACACCACGGCGGCCCUCCUGGCGUCUCACCUCCUGCAGUCGGAAAUAGGAGACUAUGAUGAAACUCUAGACCGAGAACACCUCAAAGCCAACCAAUACCUGCCUGACCAGGUGCGCUCCCUGGAGAAGCUGCUGGAAUUCCACCAGAAACACACGGGCCAGACGCCUGCUGAGUCCGAUUUCCAGGUGCUGGAAAUUGCUCGGAAGUUGGAGAUGUAUGGCAUCAGGUUCCAUGUGGCUUCUGACAGGGAAGGGACCAAGAUUAACCUGGCCAUUUCCCACAUGGGUGUCCUCGUCUUUCAGGGCACCACCAAAAUCAAUACUUUUAACUGGUCCAAAGUCCGUAAGCUGAGCUUCAAAAGGAAAAGAUUUCUUAUUAAACUCCACCCAGAGGUCCAUGGUCCUUACCAGGAUACAUUAGAGUUUCUCUUGGGCAGUAGAGAUGAAUGUAAGAGUUUCUGGAAGAUUUGUGUGGAGUAUCACACCUUUUUCAGACUUUUUGAUCAACCUAAGCCAAAAGCUAAAGCUGUCUUCUUCAGUCGUGGCUCCUCCUUCAGAUACAGUGGCAGAACUCAGAAGCAGCUAGUAGAUUAUGUUAGAGACAGUGGGAUGAAGAAAAUGCCAUAUGAAAGAAGGUACAGCAAGAUGCGGAUGUGUGUCCGGACUCUGACUACAGAUGCGCCCAGGCAGAGCACCUCAUUCACCGAGGGCAUGAGGACUCCUGUCUCCCUGUCUUCAGCAAAUGCCUUCUUCUGUUCAGUGCCUCCCUCCCCGGUGUCCCCACCUGACCUCACCGAGCUGAAGGACAACAGCUGUGCCCUUAUGGAGCCCCACGUGCUCCUCACCAAGACUACGGCUGUGGACAGGAGCGGAGGCACCCUGGCCGGAAGUCCUGACCCAGCCUGGCCCCUCGGCUCCCCAGACUCCCAGGCCUGCCCAGGCCUUUCUGCGCAGACGCCUCAGCCAUCCCCGUCCAGCGGGAAGAGCCCCCUGAACUUGAACUCUGCGUUUCAGGUGGCUCUGAGCCCAGGUGAGGGGGACUCAUCCCCCCUCCUGAGUCCUGUCCUCAGUGACAUGGGCGGAGCCAGGAUAGACGACAAUGAAGAGGAGGAGGAGGAAAUAGCACACAAGCGCGCACCCACGGAUGGAACGUACUUUAUAGCAAAGGAGAUCCUCGCGACAGAGCGGACCUUCCUAAAGGACCUGGAAGUCCUCACUGUGUGGUUCCGCAGUGCGGUGGUGAAAGAGGACGCCAUGCCUGAAAACCUGCGAGUACUGCUCUUCUCCAGCAUAGACCCCAUCUACGAGUUCCACCGCGGCUUCCUACGGGAGCUGGAGCAGAGACUGGCCCUCUGGGAGAACCCCUCAGGUGUUCACACGUCCAACAGUCACCUCAGGAUCGGGGACGUCCUGCUCAGGAACAUGCAGCUGCUCCAGGGACUCACCAGCUAUUUCCAGAGGCUCGAGGAGGUGCUAACUCAGAUGGACACCGCCACCACGCACUCCAAGAAGCUGGACGCUGUGUCCAGAGACUUUGAGCUCCAGAAAGUCUGCUAUCUGCCGCUAGGUUCCUUCCUGCUCAAACCCAUACAGCGGCUGGGCCACUACCAUCUGCUGCUGGUCCGACUGUGUGGGCAGCUCCCGCCCGGGCACCCUGAUCUCCCCGACUGCCGCAACGCACUGACAGUCACCACUGAGGUGACCACCGCGCUCCAGCAGAGCCUCGUGCGUCUGGAGAACCUGCAGAAGCUGCGGGAGCUGCAGAGAGGCCUGGUCGGCGUCGAGGGCCUGGUGGUGCCCGGCAGGGAGUUUCUCCGGGAGGGCUGCCUGUGUGAGCUCACCAAGAAAGGGCUACAGCCGAGAAUGUUCUUCCUGUUCUCAGAUGUGCUGAUGUUCACCAGCAGAGGUGUGUCGGCGACCAGCCGCUUCCGGAUCCGGGCUCUGCUGCCCCUACGCGGCAUGCUGGUGAAGGAGACUGAAACCCAGCGUGCCACCCCACACUGCUUCACCAUCUGCGCAGCUGCAGCCCACAGGACCAUCGUCGUGGCAGCCAGCACCGGCCUUGAGAUGGACAAGUGGCUGGGAGACCUCAGCAGCGCCAUCGAGGUGGCCAACAAAGGUGGCUUCACCCCCCCACUCCCAGGUGAGGUGGUCCCAUUCAUGGUGACGCAGACUCCCCCAGGACCUUCCGAGGAGGCCGCCUCAGAGGAGUCUGAUGAUGGCCCGCUGGAAGAGCUGGACCAGCAUCGCGCCAACACCACGCUGCACGUGUGCUGGUACCGAAACACGAGCGUGUCGAGAGCCGACCUCAGUGCCGCUGCCAAGAACCAGCUGUCAGGGUACCUGCUCCGAAAGUUCAAGAACAGUAGUGGCUGGCAGAGGCUUUGGGUGGUCUUCACCAGUUUCUGCUUGUUCUUCUACAAGACGCAUCAGGACGACUACCCCCUGGCCAGCCUCCCCCUGCUGGGUUACAGUGUGAGUGUCCCGGGGGCGGCCGACGGAAUCCACAAGGACCACGUCUUCAAGCUGCAGUUCAAGUCACACGUGUACUUCUUCCGUGCCGACAGCAAGUACACGUUUGAGAGGUGGAUGGAGGUGAUCUCGGGGGCCAGCAGCACACCAGGACAAGCCCCCCAGGGGUCCAGUCCUGUACACGGUCACCAGGAGUGA